CAUGGCUGUGUGUGGUGAAGGUAGAGGGGGAGCUCAGGGCACAGCCGAGGGCCCAUUGAAAACCCCAGGAAACCGGGAAUCAUAGCCGACCUGGACCCCUCUCGGAUCCAUGGGCGUACUCUUGUCAGCUCACACCUGGAGGGUUUGCAUUCUUACAGAAGGAGGUUUCUCUCUGGCAGAAGAGACAAGACACCAUGCUGUGGUCUGACCGCAGCACAGGCUCUGUUCUGCUGCUUGCAACUUUGGAACAACCUGCCGAGCCUGGAGGAAGUAUCAGUCAGAAGUGCUCUCUCGCAGUGCACUCUGCAACCGAGCAUCAGCCACCACUCCCGGUCCGGGAGCUGGUCCCUGUGGCCAGGAGCUGGAGCGUAGGCUGAGGGGGCAGCAGCCCAGCUGUCUGAGCCCGGCGGGUCCCCCGCCUUUGAGGGUCAGCUUGAGGCCUGACUUCAAAGACAAAGUCAGGCUGCCCACACAUCAGAGGAGGAUCCGAGCAAGAAGCAGUGGCCGGGAUCACAGUGGGGCUGGCAAGGGACCUCAUGCUUCAAACACUGGCAUUGGCCUGAUGUCGCAGCAGCCCUGCCAUUGCCACUCAGAUGUCAGGAGAGAUGGACAAGCCGCUGAUCAGCCGCCGGCUGGUGGACAGUGAUGGGAGCCUCGCCGAGGCCCCCAGCGAGGCCCCCAAAGUCGGCGUCCUGGGCAGCGGGGACUUUGCCCGCUCCCUGGUCACACGCUUGCUGGGCUCUGGCUUUAGCGUGGUUGUGGGGAGCCGCAACCCCAAACGCACGGCUGGGCUGUUCCCCUCAGCUGCACAAGUGACCUUCCAGGCGGAGGCAGUGGACUCCCCUGAUGUCAUCUUCGUGGCCAUGUUCCGGGAACAUUACUCCUCCCUGUGCGGUCUCAGCGACCAGCUAGCUGGCAAGAUCCUCGUGGACGUGAGCAACCCCACGGAGCAGGAGCAUCUUCGGCGCCGCGAGUCCAACGCCGAGUACCUGGCUUCACUCUUCCCCACCUGCACGGUGGUCAAGGCCUUCAAUGUCAUCUCCGCCUGGACCCUGCAGUCCGGCCCUAGGGAUGGGAACAGGCAGGUGCCCAUCUGCAGUGACCAUCCGGAAGCCAAGCGGGCCGUCUCGGAGAUGGUACAGGCCAUGGGCUUCAUGCCCAUGGACAUGGGGUCCCUGGUCUCGGCCCGGGAGGUGGAGGCCAUGCCCCUGCGCCUCCUCCCAGGCUGGAAGGUGCCUGCCCUCCUGGCCCUGGGGCUCUUCAUCUUCUUCUAUGUCUACAACUUCGUCCGGGACGUCCUGCAGCCCUACGUGCGCGAUGGCAAGAGCAAGUUCUACAAGCUCCCCGUGUCCGUGGUCAACACGACGCUGCCGUGCGUGGCCUACGUGCUGCUGUCGCUGGUGUACCUGCCCGGGGUGCUGGCAGCCGCCCUGCAGCUGCACCGCGGCACCAAGUACCGCCGCUUCCCCGACUGGCUGGACCACUGGCUGCAGCACCGCAAGCAGAUAGGCCUGCUCAGCUUCUUCUGCGCCGCCCUGCACGCGCUCUACAGCUUCUGUCUGCCCCUGGGCCGCGUGAGCCGCUACGAGGUGGUCAACCUCGCCAUCAAACAGGUCUUGGCCAACAAGAGUCACCUGUGGAUCGAGGAGGAAGUCUGGCGGAUGGAGAUAUACCUGUCGCUGGGCGUGCUGGCCCUUGGCACGCUGUCCCUGCUGGCUGUCACAUCACUGCCGUCCAUUGCAAAUUCACUUAACUGGAGGGAGUUCAGCUUCGUUCAGUCCACGCUGGGCUUCGUAGCCCUGGUGCUGAGCACCCUGCAUACACUCACCUACGGCUGGACCCGCGCCUUCGAAGACAGCCAUUACAAGUUCUAUCUGCCGCCUACCUUCACGCUCACGUUGCUGGUGCCCUGUGUCGUGAUCCUUGCCAAAGGUCUGUUCCUGCUGCCCUGUUUCCGCCACAGGCUCUCCAAGAUCCGGAGGGGCUGGGAGAAGGAUGGUGCCAUCAAGUUUACCCUGCCAAUGGACCAUGCCCUGGCCCAGAAGACGAGCCACGUGUGAGCUGCCUGCCUCUGGCCCCAGAAAGCAGACACAGGCAGGAUAGCGCCCUGGGCCUGUCAGGGCCGCUUCUCUGGAUCGCCUGGUACGGUGAAAUUGUGCACAAACUGCUAGGUCUCUGGUCUGAACUCCCAGGACACCAAUGUAUGCAGUGAUAUUCCGAAUGGCACACAUGCGUGUGCGCUAUAUAUGUUCACAUAUAUUUCAUAUCUAUAACAGGAUUUGCAUUUAUACUUACUUAGUUAAAAAAGCUGAGUCCCUGAGAUCUCAACUUGUAGAUUUAAAAGCCAGUGCCAGAUGUUAGGAGAACAGGAGCUCAUGAUAGUGGGAUAUCUGCCAAGACUGACAUAUACUCUCUGCACAGAAAAGGCAGUGAGAGGCUUGUCUCUUGGUGGAUUUGAUCCAUUUGUGUCCUCACACCCUUUUUGCUGCUUUCCCAAAGCUUUCGCAGAGCCGGGGCUUUAAGGGGGGCAGAUGAGAGCUCUGCCUGGAGCUGGAUUCAGUGCACAGGGCGAAAUAGUGGCUAGUGAGCAGGGCAGAGGGGGUGGGUCUCCUCCCUCAUUCACCUCCAGCCUAGCAGGAGGUCAGGCGGGAGCCAGGGCCUUUGGGGAGUGAGCCUGCUGCCUGUAGAUGGGUGCUUUGCUAGGUAGAAGGGGGUAGGGGGUGUGGGCCAGGCUGAUCUCCCCAACCCUCUCUGAGCCGGGGAGAUUUUUUUUUUCCCCUGAAAGCCAGAAGUCACCACAACGGCGGCACAUUGAUCUCUUGUGGGAGUGUGAAGUCACCUCCGCACAGGAGCCACUAAUGAACCAUCUUGAGAACAAGUGUAAUUUCUUUCCUUCCUUUAAGUUGGUGAUGACCGUUCUUUAAACCACUGUGCCUUCUCACCUUUCAGAUCAUUAGUUUGGAUAUCUCUUACAAAGGCCCAGAGCAGGCCCUUUGAAAGUCAGUUUGAGGGGGAGGGGAAAACAAGGCAGACUGGCGCUUAGCAUCCCAGGGGUGCCUUCCCCAGGCCCUACCCAGGGCACUGAGGGACUGAUGGUCUCCACCUAACUGGUCCUGUGCAAAAACACUGGGGACCUCGUCCAAUGUCCUCUGCUCCUCCCGGGCAGAGAAACUGCCAGAAAACUGUACUGGCACCAAGCUCCCCCACUGCUCCAGGGAGACAGGGAGAACGUGGGCAACAGGCCCCAACAAGAAUCACCAACCCCAGGUGGUCAUACUUCAAAAUAGUUGGGAGGGUCUUUUCUACCAAAGCUACAAACUUGAAGUGCUGCUACCCUAAAGCACAAGAGGCUGGACCACAGUCAGGGCCAUAGGACAUGUGUCCUCAAAUCCCAUGCCAUCCCUUGCUUGUUCAGACUGAAACCACUUUUAUUUCCCCUGUGGAGAAACAGCUAUUUUUGGCUGAGCCCCCCUGCCAGCUCUAGAACCAGGAUGAUCUGUCAUGUUCACAGAAAAAGCACCUUUGGGUGCUUUACCCACUGGGGGUGAAGUCCCAGUGGAAGACACAAGUGAGGCUGACACUGUACUCUGCUCUGAAUGGGGAGCACUGGUCACACUUGUUAUGUCUUAGGUCUUCUGGGCCAGAGGGGAUCUUAGGAAUAGAGGGUUGAGCCAGCAAAGGCUGACAAGACUGUGCUACAAGGAUGCCCCUGCUUCCCCCCAGGGAGGCUUCAUGAGCUCAUGUCUGUAGAGCACAUUAGCGUCCUUUAGUAAGGAGGGGGGGAGAAAAAGAAAGCCAAGUGUAAGAAUAUCUCAUUAGGCCAGUGAGUGAUGGAGGGAAGGCAAUGCAGGCAAAACUUUGCUUCCUGCAGAUGUUUUCCAUCUGCUGCUUCAAGGCUGAGCAGCAGAAUCUUUUCUUCCAAAUGGGACCUGAUGGAGCGGCCACUGAGAUCCUCAGAGAAGCUGGCUGAAAAAGGAGGUGGGCAAAGCACAGAUCCUGGCAUUUGCUUAAUGAAAUGAGGGCCCGUCAAUUUCCUGCUGAUUGGAAGCAUGGAGAACAGGGGCAACUGAGAUCCACCAGGUCUUCAACCCCAGUCCCAGUCAGUAUUGGCUGCCUUCCUUCUCCAGCCCUCCCUGGGCCCAGGGAAUUUCCUUAUACCAAAGAUGCUGACAUACAGCAAAAUCCAUUAUGCUCCCUCCCCUCCUCCCCACCUCCUGCUGCAGGUGCUCCCAGGGGAGGGAACUGGUGCAGCAGAGGACCUGGCCACCCACCAGCUGGACAAUCAACUCAUGAAAAGCAGGGUGGACUGUGUGCUUGGCCUUGAUCUGGUGUUUGCUGCUCUUCCCUACCUCACCGGGCAGCUGGCAACAGCAUCCCCAUGAAAGCAAGUCACUCCCUUUCAGCCUGGUAAAUUCUAUGUGCCUCUGGGUACAAAAGUGCCUGAACCAACAUGCUCCAGAAACCCUAAAUGCCAUGGUCUGAGGUUGAUGUUCAAAAUCAAUGCCAUUGAAACAGUUUGUGUAUUUUGUGUUUACCUCGUAGAGCUUGUCAAAGAAGCAGCAAAAAUAAACACCUAACCUGUGAA